CACAUAUAAACGUCAAAAGAAGCGGAGCCCUGCAGACAGAAAAAUCAGUAGCAGCAGUCGCCCCCAAAAAAAUGAGCACUCUGAGUAGGCCAAAGUCUCCGCGGACGCCAGUUUCUGGCAAAAAUUUCGACAAAGAGGAAAGUUUCUGGGACAAAAUUGGCACCCUCGGUCGGAAGAAGCGCAUCAAGGAAGUGCAAGAAGUUCAAGAGGAGGGCAAAAUAGCCAUUGAUUCACCGGGCAAUCCGAACGCACCGGAGAUCCCCCCGGAAGAGUACAACCUCGAGGACAAUGAGUCGCGGUCGAUUAUCCAACCGGCUUCGUUGCAGCACCCUCACGUUCGGGAGUUGCUGCAGGUGCUCAUCGAUUGGAUCAAUGACGAAUUGGUCGAGGACCGAAUCAUCGUAACGGACAUCGAGGAGGACCUUUACGACGGACAGGUGUUGCAGAAAUUGUUCGAAAAACUGACCGGACAUAAGCUGAACGUACCGGAGGUUACACAGUCCGCUGAGGGUCAACGCCAGAAGUUGACCGUGGUGCUGAAUGCUGUUAAUCAUACGCUGGGCUUCCACCACAGCAUUCCCCAGUGGACCGUGGAGAGCAUCCACACUAAGAAUAUCGUUUCGAUUCUCCAUCUGUUGGUGGCGUUGGUUCGUCACUUCCGUGCACCAAUUCGUCUUCCGGAAAAUGUGCACGUAACGGUCGUCAUGGCUCAGAAGGUCAAUGGAAAGCUAACGAGCAAACAAUUCCAGGAGCAAAUCACGCAGCAGUACGAUGACGUUGGCAUGCGCUGCGAGCGGGACGCAUUCGACACCCUGUUCGAUCACGCCCCGGAAAAGCUCGCCGUGGUCAAGAAAUCGUUGAUCACAUUCGUGAACAAACACCUGAACAAGUUGAACUUCGAGGCGGCCGAUUUGAGCUCCGACUUCAAGGAUGGAGUGUUCCUCUGCUUGCUGAUGGGCCUCCUGGGAGGCUUUUUCGUGCCGUUGCACGAGUUUCAUCUGACGCCAAAAGAUCCCGACCACAUGGUGCACAACGUUGCGUUUGCGUUCGAGCUCAUGAUGGAUCAAGGGUUGAAGCCAAAGGCCCGUCCUGAAGACAUCGUAAACAUGGAUUUGAAAUCAACGCUCCGGGUUUUGUACACAUUGUUCACGAAGUAUCGCAACAUUUCCUGAAUCGCCAGUAAGUAUGACGAUAGUUUUGGAGAAAUUAAGUGCCUUGGAUGGUAAAUGAUAGUAUUUCGCUGGUGACGAACAUAGAUUUAGCAAUCAAAUAAUCGAACUUACAUGUAUACUUAUUUUGUAGUUGUGUGAAAUAGUGUUUUUGUUCGAAAAAUAGGCCGUUUUUGUGUUUAACAAAUUAAUCUUUGAUCGUUGAAUACAUUUGAAGAAAAACAUAGUUCACACACCGCAGCAAUUGUUAUCGUAUUCAAAAGAAUCAUUCGUUGAUUGACUUAUUUGCAGAAAAGUGAAACUUUUUAAAAUUAUUUGCCUUGCUAACGCAAAUGUCACGAAAAAGCGAAACGAGUACUAAUUUAUGAACAAUUUUAAAAAAUCUAUUUACUAACCUUUAGAGUUUUUCGAUAUAAAAAAUAACAAUAAAA